GACGACGACCGUGCUGAACUGUCAGCCCGAUUCGCGAACUCUCCCCUCUGCAUGAUAAAGGUUUCGCUCUAGAAUGGGCAACGUAGAGGGAACAGUGACCCAUCGUUGGUUUCAGGGAAGAAUUGGGUUGAAGGAGGAGAGGGCUGUCCACCAAGCACUCAACCGGACGAGUCUGAGCGAAGUGGACAAGGCUGUGCAUUAUCGGUACCUCUUAGACCACAAAGUAAGCAAGCAACAACACACACAAACGAAAACAUGAUGUACACACGCCCUUUCCUUGCGCCUUUUCUGCGGGCCGCCUGUCUGUCUGGCUGGCUGGCUACUAGUACCUCUUCACUGGCCUCGCUCGCCACCUGGAUGAUGAUGAGGCCUUCCUCGACUACCUGCAGACACACGUGCGCCCAGAAUCUGUCCAAGGUAGGCAGAUAGACAGGUCUGUACAGCCGGUGUUGCCCAGCGGCCCGCCAUCGAUGGCGCUGGUUGUGUUGUGUUGUGUUGUGUGCUCCGUUCAGAAUGGAAUGAGUGGGCGGAAGAGGCGAGGCAAGUCAUGGAGGCAGGUUUGUGUACACAUGUGGGAAGGGGGGAGGGGAGGGGGACUUUAGAUGUGUGCGCCGCGCCGCCCACACAUGAGUAUGUCUAUAUCUGUGUUGUCUGUGCUGAUUGGGGGGUGCAGAUCAAGAACAACGGGAGGACACGUACGUACGCGGGCGUGCAUUGAUUGCAGCUGAAGGACUCACUGACUCACUGAUGACUGACUGCAGAGAUGUAAGUGGUGCUGAUGAGGUGCUCCCCCACAUAGACGACGAGCUACUCCCGACAGGCAAGUGAAGAGAAGAGCGAGGGAGGGAGGGAUGCACGCCUUGCUUGAUUGGUGAGUGACCUCCACCACCUCUUUCUUUUCAUAUCUACCUAUGUCUCUAUCUAUCAGAUAUCGGUGAGAAUAUGUCGGUGGGUCAGCGGUUUCUUCCUCAGCAAGCAGCUGCAGGGGGCCCGUCGAGCGCUGCCUACCAACGGAAAGGCACAGGAUCUCAGCAUUGCAUCGAGGCUGAUGCUGACGACAGUGUUCGGCGUAAGAAAGAGUGACUGAUUUCCACACUUGCCUUCUGUGUGUUCGGGUCAAUGACAAUGCGCGCCGUGUUUCGUAGUAAGGGACACUCAUGUAGAGAAGAGGAAGGGGCCGAGGUGACGUUUGUCUAUCCAUGUGGUGCGUGCUGUGUCCGGCGUGGGCACAUGGCGAUGCGUUGGUGUAUGUGCGACAAAAGGACAAGGCGAUGGACGUUCAAUGUCUUGUGUAUGUGGCCGGGGGAAAUGCUCGUCAACUGUGCC